CGACGAUUUGACCGCGAAGGCUUUUGUGCGCGAAUUUACUGCGCAAGACCUCCGUGGUGGACGUCGAGGAGUCAUUAUCGCUGCGACUGGCCAGUGAGACCCCGCGCGCACAGCCGCGGCAGCUCCGGUGCCUCAAAAGCUUCAAAAGCUACGGAGAGCCAGCGAGCCCGCGCGCCGAUAUAGACGAUGAACGCCCAAACAAGGGCCGCCCAGGGCAGCCACAACACCGCUAGACUGUUCCCGAACCCGAAAAUAUCACUAAACGCCAGAGAGAUAAGACGCUUAAGAGGCCUCGUGCCGCCGCCGCCCCCACCAAUACCAAAAGACUGGGCGCCCAUCGACGCCCAAAACGACCGUGUCGCUGCCGCCAAGAAGACGAAGAAGCCCUACCGCUACAAGCGGCCCAAGAACCUCGACGAGAAAGGGAAAUAUGUACUGUCUGAAACAAUCAAUUGUGGUGCCGUCAGACCUAUCUCCAGUGUGCGUUUCACACCAUCGGGACGGCACCUAGCUUUAGGUAGUGCGGACGCCAUCGGCCGUUUUUGUCAAAGAAAAAACGGCAAGUGGGAAGUAGUGUUACUUUUCGACGAGCACGAGGAGGGCAUAAAUGAUAUACAAUUCAGUGCGAUCUCGGCGUCCCGUCGUGUAGAGUCACGCCAUCAACUUGUGUCCAUCGCACGAUGACGUGGGUGGUUUCUUUUUCGACUUCGAGGCCAUUCGGACCGCGUCGCGAGACCGCGAUGCUCCGCGCAGGCAAGGACGAGCACUUUGCUAUCACCUGUUCGGACGAUAAGACGGUGCGGCUGUGGGACGUGCGGACGGGGAAACAACAUCGCAAGUUCGUCGGCCACCAAGAUUACGUGUUCGCUUGUUCGGUACAUCCUACGUCUACCUUGUUUUGCUCUGGAUCCUUUGAUGAGACCAUAAAGCUGUGGGAUCCUCGCUGUCCGGAGGCUGUGAGGGAGAUCAAGGCCCACGCGGAGCCGAUUACCGGGGUCCAGUUCAGCCCGGGCGAUGGGUCGGUCAUAGCGUCUGGCUCGUACGAUGGUCUUACGCGAUUAUGGGACACGGCUUCCGGCUCAUGCUUAGUUACGAUCUACGCCGAGCAGGCGGGCUUACCCGCCAAACAGGCACCUGUCUCCGGUCUACGAUACACCCCAAAUGGCUCUUAUUUAUUAGUGUCGACACAUGAUACUUUUAUGAGAUUGUGGAGAGUAGAUACGCAACCGGUGCGCGCCAGCAGAUUCUUCGAAGGCUGUCGUUCAUUGAGGUACAACUGCAACAACGGUUUUCAUGCGCCAAAAAAUAGAGAAGGGCCAGUAGUGGUCGCUGGCCAGGAGGACGGGUGUUUGAUGAUCUUCGACAUGAACACGGGCAAGCUGGCCCACGAGGUGCAAGCGCAUCGGUCUCCCGUCCUAGGCAUGGACAACCACCCGAGAAACUCCAUGUUCGUUUCUUGUUCCAUGGACAAGGACAAUCUGGCGCGCGUCUGGCGCUACGAGUCCCACUUUUCGGGGCGGGAGGGGGAUCCUGAUAUCAGACCGCCGGCGCCUUUAGUUCAAGCGCCGGACGACUUCGUCGUCCCGCCCGUGCGCCAGAGCUACGCGGCGCCCGGCGCCAUGGACGUCGGGUAACUACGACUCGUCACUCGAAUCUAGUUACUCGAG